CUUUAAUUAGGUUACCCUGAAAAAAAACAAUUAAACCAAACACACACACCAUAUCUGCGCGGGACAGCGCAGCCUGAAGAAUUUUUGUGGUUAGAUCGCCCCUCGCCUGGUUUUAGGGUUUUCUUUAUAUACAUAACUUGUUGUUAGGGUUACGAAUUUUGGCUUUGUAAGAUGACUCGACCCACCUGCUCCUCCCAACAUCAUCAAUCUUCUCCCCGCUCCAUGAUCCCUCCCCGCAAAUCCGUCUCGAAUUUCCACCGCCGCAGGGGGAAGAGCGUUUUGAGCAUGCUAGCACAGAGGGAGAUUUCACCUAAAGCCAAGUUUGUGCAGAGGAAACGUUGGAGUAAAAUUAGAUCCUUUGCUAUGAAACAGACAGGACAAAGUCUUCUUUCAUGGGUUGAGGCAGAGUCAUUGCAGCAUUUAUCUGCCAAGAAUUGCCCUUUUGAACUUUCUCCAAAAUCAACUAUUGCAGCCUCUUUUAGCUCUGAUGGCAAAACUCUUGCUUCUACCCAUUUAUUUUCUUGUAGUGGUGAUCAUACUGUAAAGAUUAUUGACUUCCAAACUGGAAACUGCUUAAAAGUUUUGAGCGGCCAUCUCAGGACUCCUUGGGUGGUUAGAUUCCACCCGUUAAACUCAGAAAUAGUUGCUAGCGGAAGUUUGGAUCAGAAUGUCCGCUUAUGGAAUGUCACAACUUCAGAGUGUAUUAAAUCUCAUGACUUCGAUAAGCCUAUUGCUUCUAUGGCUUUCCAUGCUGAGGGUGACCUACUUGCUGUUGCUUCUGGUCAUAAGCUGCACAUGUGGUACUACAAUAGGAGUGGAGAGGUAUCAACACCAGUUGUUGUAUUGAAGACGAGGCGUUCUCUGAGAGCUGUGCACUUUCACCCUCACGGGGCUCCCUUAUUCAUGACCGCAGAGGUUAGUGAAAUCGAUCCAUUAGAUUCCUCAAUGUCUUUAGCAACAUCUGUUGGUUGCUUGAGGUAUCCUCCCCCUGCUAUCUUUUUCACUAGCCCUGAAAGCGACCGAGCUUCCUGGGAGUUACCUUUUAUACAAGGAUGGUUGAUGGGUCAAGGUCAUGGUGUCUCUUCUGCUCCCAACAGAGGCUCCUCCUCCGCAUCUCGUUCAUCCAGACCUAGUCUUGAGGCUGGAGUAGCUUUGACAGAACUACCUUGUACUGUCAAACUCAGAGUGUGGCGACAUGACAUUGGAGACCCAUUUGCACUGAUGAAAUCUGACACGUGUCUUCUAACAUUACCGCAUGUCGUCCUUUGCAGUGAGAUGGGAGCUCAUUUUUCGCCGUGCGGGAGAUAUUUAGCAGCAUGUGUUGCAUGCGUUGUUCCUCAUGCUGAGAUAGAUCCAGGACUGCAGACGCUAGCACAGCAAGAUUCAGGGCUUGCAACUUCCCCGACUCAACACCCUGUCACAGCACACCAAGUCAUUUACGAACUUCGUGUCUAUUCUCUCCAAAAGGAAAGCUUUGGUUCAGUAAUCGUGUCACGGCAAAUUAGAGCUGCGCAUUGCUUGACCUCUAUCCAGUUCUCUCCCACCUCCGAGCACAUACUGCUUGCAUAUGGACGGCAUCAUGGUUCUCUUUUGAAUAGCAUCGUUAGUGAUGGUGAAGCUACAUUACAUUUUUUUACAGUGUUGGAGAUAUACAGAGUUUCGGAUAUGGAGCUUGUGAGAGUACUCCCAAGUUCAGAGGAUGAAGUGAAUGUUGCUUGUUUUCAUCCUUCUCCCGGAGGUGGCCUUGUUUAUGGGACCAAGGAGGGUUCACUGAGGAUCUUCCAGUACAAUACAGGUGCAACCUCUAACUUCACUGGACCAAACACCUUUCCUGAGGAGAACGUGUCCGAGGUAGCCUAGAAUUAUACAGCAAUAAUCUUUUUUGGAACAAACCAAUCAAACAAAAGGGCCAUUUUUGGGUUUCCAUAAAACUUUUUCAACAGACAUUUUCUUUUAGGUAAAGAGACUGCAGAUAAAGAAAAUGUAAAAAAUAUUGUUUUUGUUGUUACCCUUACCUUUAUAUAUUGUUAUUAUUAACAAAGGACAGCAUCAUACCA